AUGUUUUUGUAAUUAGGUUCCUGGCAGUAAUCUCGUGCAAAUUGGAAUUGAUUUAAGUGAAUUUUACUUAUCCGUCGAAUGGGACAUACUCGAAGUUCCUGCAACUAAGAAUGAGGAAUAUUAUCCAGACACUUUGGAACCAUUUUCUGAUAUUACAUUUAAGCUUACCAUGCGUCGCAAAACACUUUUCUACACCGUUAAUUUAAUUGUACCAUGUGUAGCAUUGACAUUUCUCACGGUGUUGGUAUUUUAUUUACCCAGCGAUUCUGGCGAAAAGGUUACGUUAUGUAUUUCAAUUCUUGUCUCGUUGACUGUGUUCUUCUUGCUGUUGGCCGAAAUUAUUCCGCCAACAUCACUGGCAGUACCGUUGCUAGGCAAAUAUCUACUAUUUACAAUGAUCCUGGUCUCGUUGUCCGUAUGGACAACGGUAUGCGUAUUAAAUUUACACUUUAGAUCACCGUCAACUCAUAAUAUGUCGCCACUGGUACGUAAACUAUUUUUACAUUUUAUGCCGAAAUUGAUGAUGAUGCGUCGCACUCAAUAUACAUUGCCCGAUUAUGAUGAUUCGACGCCCAGCAAUGGCUACACCAAUGAAAUUGAUGUGCGCGAUAGUAUUAGUGACUUUCCCAGCGAGUUCAAGGACAGCCAAGAGGGACCCUAUGAUAAUGGCGUGCAACAAUCGAUUGAUUCGGACAAUGUGAUACCGCGCAAUUUGACACCUGAAGUGCUGCAGGCAUUACGUGCGGUGCGUUUUAUUGCACAGCACAUUAAGGAUGCCGACAAGGAUAAUGAGCACCCAACGAUGUGCAGCGACGACCACUUGGAGCGCAUCUACGAAGGCUUGCGAGUGGAGUACCGAUUAUUCAUAAAACGGGGCGAGUUCGAUACUAUCGAAGAAUUAAUGGAACUCACGAAUAUGAGCUGCUCAAAAGCGAGGAGGCCAGGCAAACCAGGCAAGCAGCACACUGCCUAUCCACUCCACUCGAACGAUGCGAUGCGAAGAACACCUGCUGGAGGUGCAAAAAGCGCGGACACCGCCGAUUCCAGUGCAGAGGUCCGAGGCGACUAUUCUGCUCACGAUGCGGACGAGAUGGAACCCUCUCCAGGAAUUGCCCGUGCCACGAGGAGAGGACAGCCAUCUUCAAGUCACCCACCGAUCAACUAA